UACGUUAUCUUGCUUUGUUUGUUAAUUGUUAUCAUAUCAGUGCGAUUCAUGGUGUAAACGAAUUGAAAACUAUAUUGUAAUAUUUUGUCGGUUUUGUUGAAUAUUUUGUAAGUUUUCAGCCGAAACUAUGACGGACGAUGUAAAACGAUUCUUCCACAAUAUGAUACAACGCGUGAACGGUUUGCACUGCGUCAUGGUGACCGAUCGUGACGGAGUGCCUCUCAUCAAUUUGGAAAAUGGAAAGUCGUCUCAAAUCGUGAUGAAACCAGCUUUUCUGUCCACAUUCACUCUUGCGGCGGAACAAUCCAACAAACUCGGCCUCGGUAAAAAUCGUAACAUCAUUUCCGUGUACGCCGACUAUCAGGUGGUUCAGAUGAAUAAGCUACCGCUGGUGGUCACCUUUAUCGGUGCUCAGAACUGUAACAUUGGGCAUAUAUUGGCGAUGGAUCACCAAAUUGACACGGUUCUAGAAGAACUCAAAACAGCUGUUACGGAUUCGUGAAUAUAUGAGGAAAAUUUCUCACAAAUAAUACACAUGUAAGUAAAAAAUAUAAUCUUUUGUAUAAUGUAUAUCUUAAAAUUGAUAUGAAAAUUGUCA